AUGAAGUUCAAUCCCUUUGUGACUUCUGACCAUAUAAAGAACCCCAAACAUAUUCAUGCACCUUCUCAAGUUCCAAGGAAGAUCAUGUCGUCCCCCCUUUCCAAAGAGCUGAGACAGAAGUACAAUGUUCAGUCUAUGCCCAUUCGAGAGGAUGAUGAAGUUCAGGUUGUCCGAGGACAGUACAAAGCCCAGCCGGUAGGCAAAGUGGUCAAAGUGCACAGGAAGAAUUACGUCACCUACACUGAACGAGUGCAGCUAGGAAAGGCUAAUGGCACAACUGUCCAUGUGGACAUCCACCCCAGCAAGGUGGGUAUCAUCAGGAUAAAGCUGAACAAAGAUAGCAAGAUGAUCCUGGAAAAAAAAGCCAAGACUCGGAUAUUAGAAGAGGAGAAGGGAAAAUACACAGAAGAAACAAUUGAGAAGACGCAGGAGAAGGGGUAUCUCAUACAGUUUUCAUUAAAAACUGCAUAA